CUGCUGCUGGCGGCUUACGGUGCUGUGAGGGCCGUAAUGCUCGCAUAAGGGUUUUACCACAAAAGAAAUAUGUAAAACAUCUAAACACACGACGGAAUCUACCGCCUCGACGCUUCCAUCACAAACAGGGUUAACGUAAAACGUUUGGCUCCACGGAGUGCCACGAGCUCGACAGCGCCUCCUGUGGAGCAAGAAGCUCAGACAGCGGGCCGCUCCUCGUGACUUCCUGAGCGCUUGUGAGCGCGCCUGCUGUCAGCGGGAACGAGCAGGGCAGAAAGUGGGAGGGUUUGCGCGCGGCCGUUGUGUUCGGAUUGACUGCGCGCCCCCUCCCGGUGUAGCCGUUAGCUCGGUGUCCGGUCGAUGUUUUAGCGGCGGAGCGUGGACUGGAAGUGGGAUGAUAGUGUUGUAAACGUCGAGCCAGGCUUCAGCGACCGAGAGAGGACCAGCAGCCGCUCCGCCCCCGGGACAGAACAGAGAUAAGGACACACUGAGGCUGCAGGUGAAAGGCUCGUAUCCUCAAACUUGUUUCUGGGUUUACCUGACGGGUGUGAGGCUGAGUGAGCGAGCGAGCCCGUGAGAGAAGCACAGAGAGAGAGAGAGAGAUCAUGGAUCACCAGAGACAGAGGAGUCUGUCCACAUCAGGAGAAUCGCUCUACGCCGUGCUCGGGGUCGACAAGAACGCCACCACAGAGGACAUCAAGAAAUGCUACAGGAAGCUGGCGCUGAAGUUUCACCCAGACAAAAACCCGGACAACCCCGAAGCAGCAGACAAGUUUAAGGAAAUCAAUAACGCCCACUCCAUCCUGGUGGACGCCACCAAGAAGAACAUCUACGACAAAUACGGCUCCCUGGGGCUGUACGUGGCCGAGCAGUUUGGAGAGGAGAACGUCAACACCUACUUUGUUCUGUCCAGCUGGUGGGCCAAGGUCAGCCUGUAGAGACCAACACAAAGG